ACUCCAACAUGGCGGCCUCCUGGCUCCUGCGCUGGGGCCCGAGCCGAGCCGCCGCCCGGCUGCUCCGACCGCCCGCGCCCCGCCCGCGCCGGGAUCUGCACAAGCAGGUAGACGGCGCCGACUUCCAGAGCAUCUACAGCCUGGACAAGCUCUACCCGGAGUCGCGGGGCUUGGACACCGCCUGGAGGGUCCCGGAUGACGCAAAGCAAGCCAACAAUGACAUUCCUCUAGAUCGCCUGACAAUAUCGUAUUGCCGGAGUAGCGGUCCUGGAGGCCAGAACGUUAACAAAGUGAAUUCCAAGGCCGAAAUCCGGUUCCACUUGGCAACCGCUGACUGGAUCGCAGAGCCCGUGCGGCAGAAGAUAGCCAUCACGCAUAAAAAUAAGAUCAACAGGUUGGGAGAGUUGAUCCUCACCUCUGAAUGCAGCCGCUAUCAGCUCCGAAAUCUGGCAGAUUGCCUGCAGAAAGUUCGAGACAUGAUCGCUGAAGCCAGCCAGAUGCCCAAAGAGCCAUCGAAAGAAGAUGCUGUACUCCGGAGAAUCAGGAUAGAAAACAUGAAUCGGGAAAGGCUGAGGAAAAAGCGAAUAAAUUCUGCCAUAAAGACAAGCAGGAGGGUGGAUGUGGACUGAGAUCGGCCUCCAGAGCUGGCGGAGACCCUCUGCAGGGCACCCAGGCGCCCGGUCAGAGCUGAGUGCCAUCAGGAGAUGGAUUUGUCCUGCGUGGGUGUUAAUGUAUGUGUGGAGCAUUGGAGCCAUCUGAGACUGUUCAUCUGGAUGAGGGUGGCAGGCACUGGUCACCAAGGUCUUUAUAGGCAAUUACAUGUUAUCAAACCUUAAUUAUCCACUUCAUGUAUUAUCUGCAAUAAAAUUCUAAAUGCA